CUCCAGUGUGGAAGACCAGUGGAGACCGUCGUGUGAGUCUUUCAGCUGCUCCUGUUUUAGACAAGACUUUGGAUAUUUGUAGGGCGCCAUGGAGAAAAUGGCCAGGGUGACCACCGCUCUUGGUGGCAACACGAUCACGGGACGGACCAUGUGCUGCCACCUGGACGCCCCUUCUAAUGCCAUCAGUGUGUGCCGGGACGCUGCUCAGGUGGUGGUGGCCGGGCGCAACAUUUUCAAGAUCUACUCCAUCGAAGAGGAGCAGUUUGUGGAAAAACUCAACCUGCGUGUCGGCCGCAAGCCCUCUCUGAACUUCAGCUGUGCUGACGUGGUGUGGCACCAGAUGGACGAGAAUUUGCUGGCCACAGCUGCCACGAACGGAGUGGUGGUCACGUGGAACCUGGGCAAGCCCUCUCGGAACAAACAGGACCAGCUUUUCAUGGAGCACAAGCGAACCGUGAACAAGGUGUGCUUUCACCCUACGGAGGUCUAUAUGCUCCUUAGCGGGUCUCAGGAUGGCUACAUGAAGUGCUUCGACCUACGGAAAAAGGACUCAGUCAGCACUUUCUCAGGUCAGUCGGAAAGCGUGCGUGACGUCCAGUUUAGUAUCCGCGACUACUUCACCUUUGCUGCCACCUUUGAAAAUGGGAACGUUCAACUGUGGGAUAUUCGCCGGCCAGACCGUUACGAGAGGAUGUUCACGGCCCACAACGGACCCGUGUUCUGUUGUGAUUGGCAUCCAGAGGACAGAGGCUGGCUGGCCACGGGCGGCCGAGAUAAGAUGGUCAAAGUCUGGGACAUGAGCACCAACCGGGCCAAAGAGAUCUACUGUGUGCAAACGAUAGCCUCCGUAGCCCGGGUCAAGUGGAGGCCCGAAUGCAAGCACCACAUCGCCACCUGCUCGAUGAUGGUGGACCACAACAUCUACGUCUGGGACAUCCGGCGCCCCUUCAUCCCGUCCGCCAUGUUCGAGGAGCACAAAGACGUCACCACCGGGAUCGUCUGGCGGCAUCUGCACGACCCUUACUUCCUCCUCUCGGGAUCCAAGGACAGCACUCUUUACCAGCACAUCUUCAAGGACGCAAGCCAGCCCAUCGAGCGGGCCAACCCGGAGGGCCUUUGCUACAGCCUCUUCGGAGACCUGGCUUUCGCGGCCAAGGAGAGCCUCAUCUCCGCUGACUCGAAUCGGAAGCCCUACCUCGGCGACCGCCGCCAUCCCAUUUUCUUCAAGCGGAAGCUGGACCCCGCCGAGCAGUUCGAGUUCAUCUCCUCCUCCAGCGCCCUCAGCGUCUUCGAGGCUGACGCGGGCUGUGACGCCAGCAGCAUGGAUUGGUUUGUGCGGACUGCCAAGCAGUACCUGCUGACGGGGCGGCCGCUGGCCGAGCUGUGUGACCACAAUGCCAAAGUAGCCAAAGAGCUGAAGCGCAACCAG